AAGCCCCGCCUCCAGAAGGCUCCCCCUCAGGGGCUGAGUCUCAGCCUUAGUGACAGCGAGUUCCCGGGCCUGCAGCUGUGGACAGAGAGGAAGAAUGAAGCCAUCCUGGCUGCAAUGUCGCAAAGUAACAGGCGCCGGGACGCUUGGGGCGCCCCUGCCAGGUUCCCCUUCAGCAAGAGGAGCCAGUGUAGCCCGAAGGGCUUUGGUGGCCGGUCUUGGGGCCCGGGGCUGCAGGGCCCUGGCCACCUGCAAUGGUGGCGAGUACAAGACCCAUUUCGCAGCCUCUGUGGCCGACCCUGAGAGAUUCUGGGGUAAAGCUGCUGAGCAGAUCAGUUGGUACAAGCCCUGGACCAAAACGCUAGACAGCAGAUAUCCGCCUUCCACUAGUUGGUUUGUGGAAGGGAUGCUCAAUAUUUGUUACAAUGCUAUUGAUCGACACAUUGAAAAUGGCCAAGGGGAUAAGAUUGCAAUCAUCUAUGACAGCCCUGUCACAAACACUAAAGCAACUAUCACCUAUAAGGAAGUCUUGGAGCAGGUCUCUAGGCUGGCUGGUGUCUUGGUCAAGCAGGGCGUCAAGAAAGGUGACACUGUGGUCAUCUAUAUGCCCAUGAUCCCACAAGCAAUAUAUACCAUGCUGGCGUGUGCAAGGAUAGGAGCCAUCCACAGCCUCAUCUUUGGAGGGUUUGCAUCCAAAGAACUAAGUACCCGCAUUGAUCAUGCAAAGCCCAAGUUGGUUGUGACGGCAUCAUUUGGCAUUGAACCUGGAAGAAAGGUCGAAUACAUCCCGCUAAUAGAAGAAGCCCUGGGAAUGGGGCAGCACAGACCAGACAGGGUUCUCGUUUACAAUCGUCCAAAUAUGGAGAAAGUUCCUUUGAAGCCAGAUCGUGAUCUUGAUUGGGAAGAAGAAAUGGCCAAAGCCCAGUUACAUGACUGUGUGCCUGUUCUCUCGGAACACCCUCUGUACAUUCUCUAUACCUCGGGGACAACAGGGCUGCCUAAGGGUGUGGUUAGACCCACUGGGGGUUAUGCUGUGAUGCUGAACUGGACAAUGUCUUCCAUAUACGGCCUCAAACCUGGAGAGGUGUGGUGGGCAGCCUCUGAUUUAGGCUGGGUUGUUGGACAUUCCUAUAUUUGCUAUGGGCCUCUUCUCCAUGGAAACACAACGGUUUUAUAUGAGGGAAAGCCUGUGGGAACACCAGAUGCCGGCGCUUAUUUCCGCGUGCUUGCAGAGCAUGGAGUGGCGGCCUUGUUUACAGCACCAACUGCAAUUAGAGCCAUCCGUCAACAGGACCCUGGGGCAGCCUUGGGGAAGCAGUACUCUUUGACAAGGUUCAAGACACUGUUUGUGGCGGGGGAAAGGUGUGAUGUGGAGACCCUAGAAUGGUCCAAAAAGGUCUUCAGAGUCCCUGUUCUAGACCACUGGUGGCAAACAGAGACUGGAUCCCCAAUAACAGCAUCAUGUAUUGGAUUGGGUAACUCCAAAACACCUCCACCAGGGCAAGCAGGAAAGUGUGUUCCAGGAUACAAUGUUAUGAUUUUGGAUGACAACAUGCAAAAAUUGAAGGCACGGAGCUUAGGAAAUAUUGUGGUAAAGUUACCAUUACCACCUGGGGCUUUUUCGGGACUCUGGAAGAAUCAGGAAGCUUUCAAACAUUUAUACUUUGAGAAAUUUCCUGGUUACUAUGACACUAUGGAUGCUGGUUACAUGGAUGAGGAAGGCUACCUCUAUGUCAUGUCUCGGGUGGAUGAUGUAAUAAAUGUUGCAGGCCACAGGAUUUCUGCAGGUGCUAUUGAAGAGUCAGUCCUUUCACAUGGCACUGUUGCUGACUGUGCUGUGGUUGGCAAAGAAGACCCUUUGAAAGGUCAUGUUCCUUUAGCCCUCUGCGUGUUGAAGAAAGAUAUAAAUGCAACAGAAGAACAAGUCUUGGAAGAAAUUGUGAAACAUGUUAGGCAGAGCAUUGGCCCCGUGGCUGCUUUUCGGAAUGCAGUUUUUGUCAAGCAGUUACCCAAAACGAGGUCUGGCAAAAUUCCACGGUCUACGCUGUCUGCCUUGGUUAAUGGCAAGCCUUAUAAGGUAACGCCUACUAUUGAGGACCCCAGCAUUUUUGGUCACAUAGAAGAAGUGCUGAGGCAGAGCUUGUGAUUUUUAUUUACUAUAUCCAGUCAGUCUGUCUUCAUCUUCUAGCUGGAUUUAAAUUGUUUAUUUUCUAUAAGUAAACGAGUAAAAUUUCAUUUUUAACUCAAAUGUGAGCCUUAGAAUUAAAUCCGUCUAAUAACCCAUGAAAGGGCUGUAUUCUAUGUGAUGUUAUUUUAUGUUAUGUUAUGUGAGCCAGUUCAUAUUGUUACCUCUUUCCUGUAACGUGGAUCAUUAUAUGCUAUCUUGCAUAUUAAGGAACAUGUCUUUGGUGUAUACAUUUUUAUAAAUUCAUGUGCCUUACAGACACAUUUCAAUUGAAAGCAUCUAUAUCUUCCAGGAGAUAAGAAUCAGCCACACUUUGAUCAAAAUCUAAGUUCAAAUCAAGGUAAAAUAUAAUUUACAUUGUUAUUAUGGGACCUCAAAUGUUUAAUGUUUUUACGAUGACUAACUUGUUUACAGGUAAUCAUCUAAAGCAACACAAGGCCAAGGAUGGAGCAGUGUUGUUAGGUUCUCUAGCAACAAAGGACCCCAGAAUGGAGUACCAUUUCUAGGUUGUCUGUGACUGGAUAAAGGAAGGCAUAUAUCUGCAGAGAAAUUAGACAGUUUUCCAUCAAACCUUUUGUAGAAUGAAGGCUCCUCAAAUCCCAUGCCCAAGUUGAUUGUCUGUCUUGAUGCCUGCAUCUACCAAUAGCCUCAAGGAAAUGGCAUAGAAAUGGAAUGGAGUGGCAAAGGAAAAUAUAAAAGAAAUAGGGAAGCCGGGCGAUGGUGGCACACGCCUUUAAUCCCAGCACU